AUGGAAUUUGGUAGCGCGGCCGGAGCCUUGCAGAUUUGCACUUGGCACGGCGACGACACGAUUAGGCCGGACGUAGGACGCUACUGCCCACAAGCCGGUAUUGGGAUAUUCUGGGCAUACUACGCCCUCACCAACGGCGCAGGCCAGGGCCAGGUGCCGAAUAACACCAUGCAGGGGGACUACCAGGACCAGUUCUCGACCGACGCGGUCAAGGGCCUCGAGCCGACCACCACGGGCACCUCGCUCCGCAUCACGUACGGCAGCGAGUCGGGAGCGUGCGACGAUUCCCCGGCGGUGGUGGACGGCGUCGCGCAGGGCAACGCCUCGCACGCCACGUACUCGGUCGUCCAGCACAGGGGCUACUUGGUCGCGGAGGAGACGGGCAACUACACCCUCAACGUGGCCGGUAGCGAUCUCGUCGCCGCGUGGUUCGGGCAGUACGCCGUCUCGGGGUGGGACUGGAGCAACGCAGCGGUGGUGGCGCAGUCGGCCUCGGAGGAUGACGACGGGCGACUACAUCCCGAUGCGUAUCAUGUACGUCAAUGCGCAGGGCUGCUCGGCGCUCGGUGUCAACCUCACCCGGCCGGACGGGAUGGAGAUUCUGGGUGCGGAUGA